AUGCAUAACUAAAACAUUCUAGAAAGAAUAAUCAAGGUAAGUUGCUUCCAUCUAAAAUGGAAUAAUUAGAAUAAGAAAGAAAAAACAAUGAUCAAUUAGAGGAGUUUAGAAAAUCAAGAAGCAGAAUUGAAGAUUUGUAAAAAUAAAGAAGAACAUUAGAAGAAUUGUAAACAAGUUAAGAAAUUUUAGAUGCUUUAUAGUACUUAAAUAAAAAAACUGAUGCACAUGCUGAAUCAAAAGGAUGA